GCCGCUCCGGCCGCCCGCACUGCCCGCCGGCACCCGGAGCAGCCGCUGCGCGCAGUGAGGCGGUGCCCGGCGGGGGCGGCCGCUGAGGCGCGGUGUGUCCGGGAGGGCGGCGGUGAGCGGCCUCGACUGUUUGGUGCUGGGGGGAGUAUCGCCUAGGGAGGAGUUAAUGCAGCUAAAUUCAAAGUCACAGUUGAGGCUUAUAGAUACGUAAACGUAUAUAUGUGAUUACACAUAUAUUUAUAAAGGUGCUUUUGAGGCCGUCAUAAUGAGAAACCAAGAAAUCUCAGCUUGUGUAGGGAAUGUUUCUUACAAAGAUGUACGGCAGUGUGCAGGCUUUGAUGCUGCAGCCGGAUCCCGGUGCUUUGGAAAGAUUAAACCUGGUCUCCCCAAAGGCAGAGACCCCCAGGCUGCGCCCCCAGCUGCAGGCCUGCAGGCACAGACCAUGCACAGCACGUUAAAUCCCGCGGAGGAGCACUGUACAGAGAGAUCAGUGCUUGCCCAGCCAAGAUUUGUGUUUGGAAAAAAGGACCGCCCUUUGAAGCGGCCUGCUGAAGAUCCAGUUUGCAAAGCUGAAAAUGAUUUCAUCUGUUCUUCCAAAAAACGUGCAAGAUCAUCAUCUUUUGCUUUCCAGAAGUCCAUCUCAGAGUCUAACAGAGAUACAACACUUGCUGAGAAAAGAGGGAGAUCAUCUUCCUUUACCAUUCUUCCUAGGUUCCCUCCCUCCCAGCCAGCAAAGAACAACAACAUAUUCAUGACCUCAGCUCCUCUUCGACGAAACAUUGACAUCAAAAGUACAAAAGAAGGAUCCUUGUCAGAAAGUCAGUUGCGGAAUGUUAUUAGACCUGCCAUUUUACAACCCCCACAAGCCCUGACCUGUCCUGAAAAUCCCGUAGUGUCUCUAGUGACUAAGAAACAAGCACAUAUUCAGUUAUCUGAAAACAACUGUUAUUCCUCACCUGAGAAUCCAGCAAAUUCCAAAACAGCAGUGAAGUCAUCUAUUACUGAGAAUAUUUCUAGCUCUAAAACAGCACGAAGUCAGUUGUUAGAAGACAGAAGUGUUCUAAGCAGCAGCAAUUCUGAUUUUGUGUUUGGAGAAAACAUGGUUGAGAGAGUUGUGAGCCCUGAAAAGCAUUCCAUGUCAUGCAAUGAAGCUGAUUCAUACAAAAGAGAAAUAGCAUCUCUUUACAUAGAAUCUUUUCAUGUAACAAAAACAGCUUUGUUGAAGAAUGCAACACCGACUGAGGCAGCAGCUGCUCAUAUCUCCAAGCCAGGGGAGAAAAUUCUGUUAGAUAAAGUUGAAGUUAUAACAGGAGAAGAAGAAGAACACAAUGUAUUACAGAUUAACUGCAAGCUCUUCGUAUUUAAUAAACUUUCUUUAACUUGGAUUGAAAAAGGCAGAGGAUCCCUGAGGCUUAAUGACACUUCCAGCAAUAAAUGUGGAAUGUUGCAAUCCAGGCUGAUUAUGAGAAAUCAAGGCAGCUUGAGACUGAUUCUCAACACCAGGCUCUGGGGUCAAAUGGUGAUAAAAAGAGCAAACAGUAAAAGCCUGUGUUUCACUGCAACAGAUCAAGAGGACCACUCUGUUCAAGUAUUCCUAAUUCAGGCAAGAUCAAAAGAUGCUGGAUACCUGUAUGCAGCAAUACAUCACCGCCUUGUGGCAUUGCGAAGCUGUGCUGAGCAAGAAUCUGAUGCUAACCAAAUAGACACAGAGUCAGAGACAGCUUUUCAGCUAUUAAACUGUGACAGUGAUGAAGAUGAUGAAAAAAUAACUCAAGUGAGCAGCAGUGGAUCUGGUAAGCAGAAUUUUUCCCAGGAAUCCUGUAAUUCUUCCAGGGCUUUUUCCUUCUAAGUAAAAUUAUACUUUUUUCCCCUGCUGUCUAUAACUUUAAUCAAAGUUUAUGUUAUAGAUACUCUUAGCUAGGUAGAUGAGAGUAACUCCUUGCAUCUUACUGCUGUUACAAUGCUAGAUUUUACUAGAUAAAUUGUAGAUAAAAGAGAGUGGUUAGAAUGGAUCUAUGAAGAUCACCAAGUCCAGUGGUGUGACCUCUUCAGGGCUAAUGAGAAGUUAAAGCACAUUACUGAAGGCAUGAUCUAAAUAAUUCUUAGACACUGACAGGCAUGGGGAUUGCUAGGAAUUCUGUUCUUUAGGAAGCCAUUUUUCUUCAUGUCCAGUGCAACCCUGCCAUGGUGCAGCUUUGUGCCAUUCCCAUCCUGUCAUCAGUUUGAGGGAGCAGAGCCCAGCACCUCUCUCUGCUUCCUCUUCUCAGGGAGCUACGGAGAGCCGUGAGGUUGCCUGAUGACCUCCUCUUCUCCAGAUAGAACAAUCUAAAUGUCCUCAGCCACUCCUCAUGAGAUUUGUUCUCUGCCCUUGUUACCAGCUUUGUUGACCUCCUCUGGACUCUUUCAGGGACCUUAACAUCCCUUUCAUAUUGCGGAGCCCAGAGCAGCAAGCAGUGUUUAAGGUGAGGCUACUCCAACAGAAGAAUAGUUAGAAAAUGACUGCUUUUUACUGGCUGGCUGAGAUGUGUUCAGAGCCCCCCCACAGGGCAAUUUGCCCUCUUGGCUGCCCAGGCACAUUGCUGGCUCAUGCCGAGCUGCUGUCCCCAGCACCUCUAAGUCCCUUUCUGCUGAGCUGUUCUCUAGUCAUUUGACUGCCAUCCCUGCCUGUGUCUGGCAUUGCUUGUUCCCAAGUGCAGUACCCAGAAUUUUCUUCUGUUGAACUUCAUGCUGUCACUGAUGGCCCAAUGCUCCAAUCUAUCUAGAUCUCUCCGCAAGGCCUCUCAUCCCUCCAGGCAGCCAGCAGCACCUCUCAGUUUUUGUGUCAUUGGCAAAUGUGCUGGGGAUGCAUUCCAGUCCUGCAUCCCUGCAUCCAGAUCAUCAUCAGUGUUGAACAGGAGUGGCUCUGCAAUUGAGCCCUGGAGAACACCACUAGUGAUCAUCUGCUGGUACCUGUUUGCUUUAUAGCAGUGGAAUAUUUUUUUGAAGAAAACCUGAGAGUUAAGGAAUUUUAGUAUUGUCAACCUUUAUCUGAAAUCUUCCUCAGUACAUUUCAGUAGAUAUGACUGGAGGCACUGAGAUACUUGUUACAUGAAUGAGUAGAAGUUGAGUCCAUACGCAUCAUCUGCUGAGUAGUUAUUUAUGCCUUUAAGCAUGGUGUGUUUAUUAAGACAGUAUUUACUUUGCUCUGGUUAACUUUGUUUAAAGCACUGAUUUUUGAUUGUUUCUAAUAACUACUUCUCUAGGAGACUCCUGGUUCAAGAUUUACACGCCAGCUUUGGCAGUUCCUUUUAACAUAACAAGAAUGUAGGCUUUUCAAAGUUAAGAAUGUAGCUAAAAGUACAAGCUCUUCUGUCUUGGCAGAACACAAGACACAUUUCUGGAGGAAAUUUACUCACUUGUGCCAAACUGCUACUGUAGAUACAGAAGCUACCAAUUGAAUUCUCUUCCUCAUAGGACUGAAGCAGGCAGGUCUGAGUUGUUGCUCCUAGAAUUUGCUUCCCUCUUUAACUAAGUAACAUACUGGCCUUAUAUUAUAAACUCUUCUUUUUAACAAGUAUUCAACAGAAAUAAGUCACAUACAACUAACAGCUAUGAGUAACUGUUUGCUUAAGGAAAACAAGCAAGCCUUUUUUCCCCAUUUGACAGAUUGCAGCUUAUAGUCUUGUUCCCAUGAUCAAUUGUUGUUUAAAUACACUCCAGUAGCAUUCAGUGCUCUAGACAAAGUAUGAUGCUCUUACACAAAAUUUUAUCACAAAUACCUUCAUGCUGUUUAGGAAAUGGAAAAUUUUUGGCUUUGAAAACACCCUGUACUGCUGCCAGCUAAUCAAACAUUCCCUCACUAAUUCCUAAAUAAUCUCUAUUGACUUUACAAAGAUUUGGGUAACUUGAAAACUGUGGAUGGAGCUUGAUUCCUUUCCAGGAUUACUGUGAUAAGGACUCUUUGUUUUAGAAAGAAAAAAAAAAAAAAGAAAAAAGAAAAAGAAAAAAAAAAGAAAAAAGAAAAGAAAAGAAAGAGGUGAAAGGGAAUAUAAAAGCAGUUUGGGAGCACAGAUUUACUAGUUAAAUAUUUACUUUGAUUUGCAGAGAUUUGUGAUACAAAUAUUCGAAUGGCAUCCAGCAAACAGAUUCUGAAAUACGAGUGUCAGGUGUUCAUGAGUGUCAAGCCCUUUAGUUUAAGCUUCUGUCUUUUAUUUGUGUUCAAACAAUUCCUGUCAGCAGUUUUAACAAUCCCUUUCAAAUGCUUUUUGGAUGACUUCUAUCAUUCCCUGCUUAUCUCUUCUAUUAUUCUCAGAGCCAUGAGGUUUUAAUUUUGCAUAAAUUUCAGUCAGUGGUACCCAAGCCCCACUUUAUGUGCAGACAUUCACGCCUUACUUGUGUCUAUCCCUGGAACUUCCACUUCCAAAACAGGGAAUUGUAGUCAUAGUUUUUUUAAAUAAAGUGAGAUUAGUUUUAAAUACUAAUGUAGAAACAUGUAUUUGGAUGCAAGAAAUAAGAUCCUACAUAUUUAAGAACACUUGAUAAAGAUCGUGCAUUUUCAUUUUUAUUUAAAUACUUAUGUUGUUUUAUUGAUGUAACUCAUUUCCAGGGAUUGUCUCUCCUUUAAAAUCGUAGAAUUAUUAAGAUUGGAAAUUAGAAUUAUUUUUAAAUAAUUAGAAUUACAUUAUUAAAUGUAGAAUUAUUAAGGAUGGAUCAUCCACCUACUUCCAAUACUGCCCACUAAAACAUGUCCCUGGGUAUUAUAUCUGCCCUUUCCUUAAGUGCCUCCAGGGACAGUAACUCCACCACUUCUCUGGGCAGCUUGUUCCAAUGCCUGACCACUUCUGAGAAGAAAUUAUUUUUAAUAGCCAAUCUUUACUCUAGGCUACUAUGAGAAGCAUAAUUUCUCAGUGACUGCUUCAUUACAAUAAAUAAGAUUAAAAAAUAUGCCUCGAUUUUAUUUAAUUACAUUCUACUUGUUUUGUCUCAAAAAAGCAAUGACAAUUCUCUCUUUUCCUAAUACAGGCAAUUUUCUCUGUAUUAAACUGAAGUUACAUAGUUCCCCAGAUCAUAAUAUGUAUUUCACAACACUGUAAAAGGCAUGGAAAAAAUGCAUCGAAGUUAUUUUUGAUGUAAAAGAUUGAAUAAAGCAAGUAGAAUUUACAUUAGUGAACAGGAAGAUGAUGCUGUAUGCUUGCAGUAAAUUUGCCUACAUGCAGUUCUUCACUUUAUUGUUCACAGAACAUUAACCCUAUAUAAGGAUGCUGUAAAAGGUAGGAGACAUAUUUCUACCAUUCAGUGUAGACAAUUGUAUUGAAUUGUGUCACUUUCGAGUAAAGAUGUUUUUUCAUAAGAUCUAUAAAUAAUGAGCUGAUUUAUCUGAUGUUUUUAUUAACUUGUAUUUCACUAAUUACAACUCGGAUACUUUCAGCAACAAAAUGAUGUUUAAAUCUGAAUGGAGAAAAACAGAACAAUUCAUCCAACUUCAAUCAGUUUUUAGAAGUGGUUGGCAUCAAUCACUCUCUUAGAAGCCUUUAUUUUUCCCACUAACUACAAAGCGAGCUGAGGAGAUGAAUUUGGAAUAGAUAGCAAACUUCUAGACUGAGUUAGGCAGUUAGGCAAAAAUUAGGCAAAUCUCUCCUUCCAUUUAUAUAACUUACCUGCUAACUAUUUCACUACUUUUGCUUCAAAUUGUCUUUGUAACAUCUAGCUGUGAAGAAAUCAGCAGAAUUCUUUAUUGUACAUGGGAAAAAUGUUCUCACUAAAUGAUUUCAUAAAUAAAAUGGUGGAAAAACUGAUAGGACAAUAUGCAAAUAGUUAGAAUUAGAGUGGUCCCUUCUGAGGGGAAUACCACUGCCGUCAAUUGCAUGACGCUGCUUCCUUGUUUUUCUUCUCUUGGCACUUGUAAGCUUCAUAUUCUUUGCUGUAUGGUGGAUCUGCUUCUACAGACAGAAAGGAGAAUUUACCUUAGCCAAGUGUACAGAAUAGCUUGGUUAGGGGAUUGUGGUCAUUGUAGGCAAGAAGGUGGACCCAAAUCCUGUGCAUAAGGAGGACCUAGUACCCAAUAUAUGUUCUGCAAUGAGUAAAAUAAUGUGCAAAUCGCUGCCAUUUCCUCCUCUGCCUUGGCUUAUAGAUCUCAAACAUCUGUUGGGGAUUUUCUUGUAUGCUGUCAGACCUGUGUCAGCUACCUGUGUAGAUGCAGUCUGUGCAGAUUGUGAACAGCUGUUUUUUAAGUCCACUGACUACAGGCUGUCACAAUUUCAGCACUUGGGAGUAAUGAAUUCCUUUACUAAUACACAUAAAUUCCACAUGUAGCUUUUGGAUAGAUGGUUCUAUAUGUCAGGUGCUGAAUCUUUUGCAAGGUGCCUUCAUGUUUCCACUGGGCACAAACAAAAGAGGUAUCUAUGUCAGGCUCACAAAGUCAACCAGCAAGAACAUGGAUCUGUUAUUUAGAACCACAAUACCCAAGCUUACCAUUGUCAAAAGGUGAUCAGAAGUCAUUACUUAGACUCCUACGUAAAUAAGAUGUCCCUGAGAAUAUUCUUGCCUCUGAUAAUUUUAAGAGGUUUUACUGUGUUGUCUUAAGGCCUUUCAGGACAUUCUGUCCUUUCUUCAAAGAGAUAAUGUUUUACUUACAUUUAUAAACAUUAGAAAUACUAGAAGGUCCUUAAAGUGAGAAACUUCCAUAUUUCCUAGUUGAAAAAAUGCUUUAUACCUCUCAAAUAAUAGCAGUUCUUUCUAAAUCCAAAAUUAUAUUACAACACUUCAGAAUUGUGAAGGACAAAGGUGACAGAUAUCACUAGGCAGAGAAAUGCUUUAUGAGUUAUGUCUUAUACUAUACCUCACCAUUAACUCCUUUACAUUUUAUCCUAAGUUCAUUCUGAUUGAGUGAUCGUCUUGUUUUAUUGAAGUGCAUUCUCUUCCCUGGUGUGGAAUUUUCAUUUAGAAGUUAUUAGAGUGAAUUCAAAGAUGUCUAGGACUAGGUAGGUGCCAAGAAGUCUACCCAUACAUAAGCAUAGACCUUAAGAGAAAACUAAAUUGGAGACAUACUGUGUCCUGUUCUGAUCCACCCAGAAUUGUAUGGAUUUUGGAGAGUAGUGAUGUUGAGAGCAGAACAUUAUCAUGUUACGGAAAUGCUUUAGGUUUUGUUUUAUCACAGAGAAAACUUCCAGUCCACUGUACACAUAUCUCCUAUAUUGGCCUCAUUAGGACUCUGUCAUUUCCUGCUGGUUAUCAAGACAUAGGACCUCUGUUAUGAGAGUGUUGUUGCUGUUGCAGCUGUUUUUUAAAGUAAAAUUCUUAUAAAAGCUCUUUAAAGAAAUGAAUGUUCAGCAACACUGUAGGAACUCCUGCUAUCUUUGACAUUUCUUGUCAAUUCAAGUUCUUAUCCAGUGUUAAGGAUUCCAAAUCAUACAUUGAGCACACACACACACACACACGCACACACGUAGGUGAUUUCGAAAAUAGAGGAAUUAAAUCUGAACUUCUGUUGUUGUUGUUGUUGUUGUUGUAAGUUCAGGUUUCUUUAUUCUUUGCAAUGGAAAUAAGUAAUACCUUAAAACAAGCAAAGCAAACAAACAAACAAACAAAAGACAUCUGUCUGAUUGGCUUUAAAAGCUGACAUAUCAGGAAAAGUUAUGGGGGGAUGAAGGUGUAUGGAGGAGGAAGAUUCAGAUCUCAUAUUCUGAAGGCCUUUCUGCUCACCUGUAAAGGGCUUAAAAAUUUUAGUAACUGUUUAGAGGUGUCCAGGUGAAAGCAGGAAUUUUUCAGCAGAUACUGAGGGAGUGAUGUUAUGUGUCUGACAUUAGUCAGCUAUAUAUACUUUUUCAGGCUAGUAAUAACAUUCUCGAUUACUCACCAGAGACACCACUGGAUACUUUAUCAUGACCACUGAGUGACUUGAAGAUAUGUUCUAUUUCUCACGGUUUACUGACAUCCAUUAUUAAAUGUUAACAUCAAAUUACUUAAGUCAGUGUUCCACUUAGAGGAUGAGUUGUUUUGCAUCCCAGAAACAGUGUCCUGUCUGGACACCUAUAUCCUUAAGUGCUCAUGUGCUCACUUUUAUUGACAUGGGGAGUCACAGGCUUCAUUCACUAUUCACAUGCUCAAAUAUUUGUCAAUAAUCCCGUGUUAUCUGGUUAGAUAUUUAUCUAAACCAGGAACUGAUUGUAUCCAAACUUUAACCUACUGCUUUGGUAUUAUGAAAUGCAGAGUUAGCUUCAAAAUGUGAAUACACUCAGAUUUAAAGAAAUGGUUUUUAAAAUUCUGUUUCAGACCAUUCUAGAUGGAAGCGCAGGCAGCCUGUAGUCUGCUCAUGACAUUUACCAGUUUACUGACUACUGAGAACUCAUGUUCUCAGAAUGCCAGAGAUGCAUCAGGACCUGGAAGAAGGAAAUCAGAAGAAUUUUGUUUUACGACUUUUAAGAAAAGAUUAAUUUUAUAAAUAGUUUAUGUUCAAUACAUCGGGAAGGAACUUAGAGAUGCAAUUUGAGGGUUCCAGUCAGCUUGCAUUGCACUGAGACGAGAAUAAUUUGGUGGCUUCCAGUGCUCAAGAGCUGUUAAAAUAGCUUCGGAUUUUAAAAUUAAAUAUACUGAGAUGCAUUAUUAAAGUAAGGAUUUUUAUAGGGAAUCUAUGUUUAUUCAUCAUCUUGAUGGAAAAAAAAAACCAAAACAAAACCAAAACCAAAAACAACACACGUAACCAUUAAUUAAUAAUAUACCUGAAAAGAUAUUUGAUAUUUUUUGUCUGUUAUUUAAAAGAUACGUUCUGAAGACUUAAAAUUGGGCUUCACUGAAAGCAUUUAUUUAAAGUUGCCUGGUAGUACUCAGCAUCCUGUUCAUAAGUACAUGCAAGCAGAGCGGUCAGUGGCAGUUCAACAUGACAAAGGCCAAUGGAAAUAAUUUGUUUUGUUUUGUUUUUUGUUUUUAAUAUGUGGAGCAGUCACUGGAAUGUUCUGUUAAAGGGCAAAGAAGUGGGUUCUGCUCUUACAUCCAUGAGACUAUGACAUGAAGAAAUGUAAGCAGAAGUUCUAGGGGACAUCUGAGCAUUACCAUCUAAAAGUGAAUCUGUUUGCACUCAUGAACGUCUUUUUGCUUGCACAGCACAAGCACUUGCACUCUCAACUGUCCAUUAGAUAUACAAAAAUAAAUACAUUGACAUUAUAACCAGAGAUCUGCAUAAAAUUUGUCUUAUUUUGAGAUUGUCUAAGAUUAUUUCUGCUUUCUUAUUAGCCACAGUUAUCCCUAAACAGCAUGAGAUCAAUACAUUAGUCAAAUAUGUGCAAUAAUCCAAACAGUGCCAACGACUCAAACACUCUGUAAAAGUGAUUCCACAAACUAGCCCACUGCCUAGACAUUCUCAUGCUAAAUUGGAAGGUCAGUUCUCCAAUUGCCACCUGUGACACUUUCCAGGUCCUUCACAAGCCUAUGCAUAGUACAGGCACCAUUUACUGCUCUGUGCUUUCUAUUCUUUCUGUUAACGGGUACAGAAAGUGUAUGUCUGUAGUCAUUCUGCUGCAGACUUCUCUUUCCUUGUAUACUGUUGGUUACAAAAUAUUAAUUCCUGGUCAUUCUCAGAGCUGAAAAAAAAAUAAUUAAAAAAAAAAUUGCUCUGUAAUAUCAUAAGUCCUUCUAAUUAAGAAAGUUGUAAAAGUUUAUCAGCCUUAAAAGCUGAGUCACACCUGAAGAGUCAAGUUACAAUUUGGUCUUCCCAUCUGAACGUAUGCAUGAAGUUGGAAGAAUUCCAGCUUCUUCCUAAAUUCUCAGGAUUAGAGUCCAGGUGAAGCUGAAUUGACAUCUGGAUUACUCUGAAUCUUACACAGCCUGCCAAAACUAGUGCUCCUCUGACUUCUGGAUGAGAGCAAGUUUCAGUGGGACUGGAUUUUUGCCUUCAUAAGAGAGAACCUCAAAUACUGAAGCACUGGAACUCUUUUUCACCCCUCAGUUUGCUGAUAACAAAAAUGUUCUUUCUAGAGCAGCUGUACACUCUGUCCCUCUAUGACAGCCUCAAUCCUGAGCACAACAGCAUUUCCAUUACUGACCUUCAUAUUUCAUUGCUGUAACUCAUACUCAGGAACAAAGCUCUGUGUUACAAAAACUUUUGUUUAACAACAGCAGUUGUUAAAAAAACAGCAGUUUUAUGUAUUUAGCAACAGGUCAUGGGGAGAACUUUGCCCUGGAGCUCAGCUGGUUAUGCACUGAAUGCAGAGUUUGAUUUCAAAGUCUGCCCCGGUAAUCAAAGCCUUCCAUGUAACUGAAUUUAAGCACCAGAGUGUCAUCAUCAUGUCACACACCUUCUAAAUUGUACUGUAGCAUAUGCAACAGAGUUUUUGCAGACCUUCGGAACUUUGUAAUGUACUUCCACAGUGAAAGCAGCAAAGCUUAUGAUCAUUCACAAAUAGAAAACCCUCUCUUCUGAGCUGCCUUUUCUCAAGACUGUAUUAAACCCACACACAUCAGUAUACACACGUGUGCUCAAACAUACACACACCUAAAAAUGAAACUACACUUCCUACAAGCUGUGGAGGAAAAGAGAUGUCCAAAUACUUUGAGGAGUGUGGAUAGGGUGGUAACAGAAGACAUAUAAAUACAAAUAUGUGCAGACAUAUGUGAGGUAUGAAGUUUUACUCUUGAGAUCCUAAUCCAUUAUUUAUUUUGCUUGGUCUCAUUGCACUAAAUUCUGGUGUUUCUCAAGACUGGAGGUAUUUGCUGGUAUCUAAUAUAUUAGCUUGGUUUUGAAAAUGUAACGUUUGUCAUUUUAUGACAGCAGGAGCAACCAUUUCGAUGUCCAAACAAUAAACGAUUUUCUUACA